AUGCUGCGGCCACCCCACGUCACCAGCACUGUGACCGAGCUCUGCAGCAGGGCCCAGCACUCAGCGCGAGGCUACGGCCUCCUGACCCCCGAAGGCCCUGAGCAGUGGCCCAGCAACUCCAUGCCUAGGUGUUCCCACGUGGACGCCAGGAGCCCGGGCACAGUSCUCACCAACGGGAGACCAUCGACAUGCCCUUCAGCCACAGAGGACCAGCGGGACGACCCCCCACUGCAGAACUGGAGCCCGGGAAAGAAGCGGCUUGUGACCCCGGCUCAGCUGCGCAGAAGGGCAGAGCAAGGCCCCGAGGGCCGGCAUUCAGUGGGCCACACGCUGAAGUCCAGUCCGGCCACACUCCGGGAAAGACGCAGAAGGGGCCUGUCCACAGAGGGUGACGGGAAGCCCUGGGGUGGUGGACGGCCUCCGAUUGGCCCUGUGGUGGCAGAUCCAGGACUCUGCCCGUCAGAACCCAGAACCCCACACCACCACCAUGGGCUGGGGGCGCUGAGGGACAGCAAGGCAGGGGGCCCCACCCAGGGCCGUCCCCGGGUCCUGGCUCCUCCUGUGGUCUGCACCCACAUUCCCUGGGACUGCUCCUGUCUGCAGCCUGGCCUUCAUGCUGUGCUCUCUGAAGGCCCUACCCCUCACCCGCAAGCCCCACCCCAGCCCUGCCCCUUGCACCUCUCUCUGCAGAAGAACGAGUACCUKCUCACGGUGGUGGCGGAGGAGAGGGAUGUGCUACUGCUCGGCCUGCGGUACUCGUCCACCCAUCUGCACUUCCUGUUCCUCAGCGAGGACACGGCCGGCGCCUGGCAGACCCGCGUGUCCUUCCGCAGCGCCAGCCUCAUGGACAGCCAGUGGCACACGCUGGUCUUGGCAGUAUCUGCAGGAUCCUUUUCCCUCAUCGUGGACUGCGGCCUCCCGGUGGACAUAAUGGCUGACGUGCCCUUCCCGGCCACCCUUUCAGUGCGAGGGGCCCGGGUCUUUGUUGGCAGCCGGAGGAGGACCAAAGGCUUGUUCACGGGCCUGGUGAGGCAGCUGGUCCUGCUGCCGGGCUCGGAUGCCACCCUGAGGCUGUGUCCCAGYAGGAAUGCCCAGCUGGCCGAGCUGUCCAUCCCACGGGUGCUGCAGGGGAAGCCGGGUGAUAACGAGGUGCUAAAAUACCCCUAUGAGGCAGACAUGAAGGUGACGCUGGGGUCCCGGCCACCRUGCACCAAGGCACAGGAUGCCACGUUCUGGUUUGACGCUGUCAGGAAGGAGCUGCACCUGUGUGCCAGCAGCCAGUGGGUCUCUGUGUUGGCAGCCAAAGCCAAGCUGGACUACGUGGAAGAGCACCAGCGCCUGCCCACCAACUCGGAGACGCUGGGCCUCGAGGUCUUCGGCAUCCCCGGCGUGGGGCUCUUUGUGGCCGCGGCCAAUCGGAAAGCCAAGUCCGCCGUCUACAAGUGGACGGAUGGGAAGUUCGUCUCCUACCAGAACAUCCCCACACACCAAGCCCAGUCCUGGCGGCACUUCACCAUCGGGAGAGAGAUCUUCCUGGCCGUGGCUAACUUUGGACCGAAURAGAAGGGUCAAGAGGUCUCUGUCAUUUACAAAUGGAGCCACAGAAAGCUGAAGUUCACCCCAUACCAGAGGAUUGCCACCCACAGCGCCCGCGACUGGGAGGCCUUCCAGGUGGACGGGGAGCACUUCCUGGCAGUGGCUAACCACCGGGAAGGUGACAACCACAACAUUGACAGCGUCAUCUAUAAGUGGAACCCCAGCACCCGGCUCUUCGAGGCCAACCAGACCAUCGCCACGUCCGGAGCCUAUGACUGGGAGUUCUUCACCGUGGGGCCCUACUCCUUCCUGGUGGUGGCCAACACCUUCAACGGCACCUCCACCAAGGUGCACUCGCACCUGUACAUCUGGCUGGUUGGCUCCUUCCGGCUCUUCCAGUCCUUCCUGACCCUCGGGGCUGCCGACUGGGAAGUCUUCCGCAUCGGGGACAGGCUCUUCCUCGCCGUCGCCAACAGCCACAGCUACGAYGUGGGAAUGCAGCUGCGCAACGAUUCCUACACCAUCAACUCCGUCAUCUACGAGCUGAACGUCACUGCCCAGGCCUUUGUCAAGUUCCAGGACAUCCCCACCUGCAGCGCCCUGGACUGGGAGUUCUUCUCCGUGGGAGAAGAUCACUUCCUGGUGGUYGCCAACUCCUUCGAUGGAGAAUCCUUCUCAGUGAACAGUAUUAUCUACAGGUGGCAGGGCUACGAGGGCUUUGUGGCCGUGCACAGCCUCCCCACCUUCGGCUGCAGGGACUGGGAGACCUUCGACACCUCGGCCGGCUCCUACCUCAUCUACUCCAGCGCCAAGGAGCCCCUGUCCAGGGUCCUGCGGCUGAGGACCACCUGA